AUGAGUUCUCGUGAUGAUGAGUAUGACUAUCUUUUUAAAGUUGUUCUUAUCGGAGAUUCUGGUGUAGGUAAAUCUAAUUUAUUGUCUAGAUUUACACGUAAUGAAUUUAACUUGGAAUCUAAAUCUACAAUUGGUGUGGAAUUUGCAACAAGAUCUAUUCAAGUUGAAGGAAAAACAGUUAAAGCUCAAAUCUGGGAUACAGCAGGUCAAGAAAGAUAUCGGGCCAUUACAUCAGCAUAUUAUCGUGGAGCAGUUGGAGCACUUUUAGUUUAUGAUAUUGCUAAGCAUGUAACAUAUGAAAAUGUUGAGAGAUGGUUGAAAGAAUUAAGAGAUCAUGCUGAUCAAAAUAUUGUAAUUAUGUUAGUUGGAAAUAAGUCUGAUCUUCGUCAUCUUCGUGCCGUACCAACAGAUGAGGCAAAAGCUUAUGCCGAAAAAAAUCAAUUAUCAUUUAUUGAAACAUCAGCACUGGAUUCAUCAAAUGUAGAGGCAGCAUUUACGAAUAUUCUUACUGAGAUUUACAAGUCUGUCUCUAAUAGACAUAUUGGAGGAGACUCAAGAGUUUUACCUAACAAUCAACCUAAUAUUACAAUAUCACCAUAUAAAGAUGAUGGACAAAAUAAGAAAGCAUGUUGUGGAAAUUAA